GACUCUGGGAUUUCUCAGCUGCUGGUAGUGUGCACGCAAGAAUGGGGGCUCUGCGGCUCUGCGUCGACGAGACACGAUCAGGAUUUCGGGGGGGGGGCUUCAUCAGAAUUAGAAAAGCUUGACCUGGCCCUCCACCGUCCACCACCACGGCACCACCUCUGUACCAUUUGGCCAUUGCCCUCUCUCCUCCGGUACGGUCCUCCCAUGCCCGACCAUUUGGCGUCACCUCCUUCGUCUCCCCUACCUUACUGCCUGACACGUUCUUGGCGCGUUGUUCGGUCCUCUUUCUCCCCACCGUUCAGUAAUCUCGUUGUCCUGGCUUCUUGUUUCUGCGAGCUCUCAUCUCCGCCGGAAGCUCGAGCGGCCAAGAACGCGUCCGGAGUGGCGUUGAGCUGGCUACCGUCGUGGAUUUGAUCUUCCCGCGCCGCGUCGAGCUCGGCGCCGGCGCCGGGGACGGCGGCGACGCCAGGUGGUGGGUCUGCGCCGGCGGCCAGCAGGGGAUGACGAAUGCGCGGCAGUGGUGGCGGCGCGCGGCGGCGGCCGUCAAGGAUAGGAGGAGCCUGUACCUGACGCGCGUGGCGGCGCUGCGGCCGCCGGGCUCCGGGCUGGCCGCGGCGCUGCGGAGCCCCGAGAUGGAGGCGGCCGUGAUCCGCGCCACCAGCCACGACGAGCGGUCCGUGGACUACGGGAGCGCGUCGCGCGUGUUCGCGCUGGCGCGCGCGUCGCCGCCGGCGCUGCAGCCGCUCAUGUGGGCGCUCGCGCGCCGGGCGGGGCGGACACGGUGCUGGGCCGUGGCGCUCAAGGCGCUCAUGCUCGCGCACGGCCUGCUGCUGCGCUCCGACCUCGCGCCCCGCGCGGCGCGCCUCGGCCGCGUCCCCUUCGACCUCGCCGACUUCCGCGACCGCUCGUCGCCGCCGUCCAAGUCGUCGGGGUUCUCCGCGUUCGUGCGCGCCUACUUCCGCUUCCUCGACACCCGCUCCCUCUUCACCGCCCAGGAGCUCGACGCCGCCAGCGGCGAAGCCGACGACGAGGACGCGCGGCUCGACCGCCUGACCAAGCAGCAGCACCUGCUGGACCUGCUCAUGCAAAUCCGGCCGUACGGGGACGGCAUGGAGCAGGGCCUCAUCCUGGAGGCCAUGGACUGCGUCGUCAUCGAGAUCUUCGAGGUCUACAGCCAGAUAUGCACCGGCAUUGCUCGGUUCCUCGUCGCCGUCCUCGGCUCGGCCCCGACGACGCCGCGGCGGCGGCCGGGGGAGACGCUGGCGGCAGCGAGGCGGCGGAGGGGAGUGCAGGGGAUGCGGGUGCUGAGGAAAGCCGCGGAGCAGAGCGCGCAGCUGUCGUCCUACUUCGAGCUGUGCCGGGGCCUCGGCGUGCUCAACGCCGCCGAGUUCCCGGCCGUGGAGCGCGUCCCGGACGGCGACAUCAGGGAGCUCGAGAAGAUCAUCAUGAGCCACGUCGUCGAGGAAGGCAGCAGGGUGCCGGAGACGGAAUCGAAGGCGUUGGUCGCCGUGGAGGAAACCGGCCUGGCGUCGAGGACGGUGGUGACGAAAGAGUGGGUGGUGUUCGAUGACGACGACGAUGCCGCUGCCGCCGCCGCCAGGCAGGGGCAUUUCGGCGGCUACGUGAACCCGUUCGUGGCCGCGCCGUGGGACGCCGUGGCGGGUUGCAGAGACUUGUUGGUUUAGAGAUGGUAAGUGCCACGGCCAUCUGAUCCAUCGGAUUAGCCUAAAUAAUUUCUCAAGAUUUGUCGUUUAGCAAUUUGACCUACUUUGGAUUAGAGCAGAGAGUGAAUCUUUGUAAAUAUAGAUGUAUGUCGUCCUGGGACUUGGGGAAUGAAUGUGAAAUUCUGGAUUCACUCCCUAAGCUCCAAAACAGUAGGUUUCUCGUGGAUUCUUUUUUUUUCCGAGAGGUUUGUUGCAUACUUUGCUCAAA